UUGGAGGAGCGCUUCAACCUCUCUCUCCCAAAGACUUCCGGGGCGGAGAGAAGGCCGGAAGCACACCGAGUGGCGCGUACUUAAUCUCCUUUCUUGGCGGAGCGCUUCACCUCUCGCCUGGUGAACUGAUAGAUGUUUGUGUGGGAUAGCUUAUCUCUGGUCACACUCCACGGGGCUAGAAUUUGGCCUAGGGGAAAUCUGACCCCAAUGAGCAGGUGGGAGAUAGCUCCCCACGGCAGCUCGUCCAUUUACUCAAGCUCUUCUGUUCCCUCUACAGACUGUCGUAACCUUUUACUGCACACCUUCUCUAGUCGCCUUGUUUUUAUCCCUUUUCAGAGGCAGUUCCUCCCGCCCCGCCCCUCCCUCCUGCAAUUAUGUAUGAUCGGGCUCCCCGCUUGCUCAGAUUGUCUGAAGGUGGCAGCACUGAGGAGCAUGUGGGUCCUGGGUCCUACCAGAUACCUUUCCUGAAGCGGCAGGCAACAGGUGGCUAUGCACCAUUCCUUUCUUUGGCUGCCAGAGACAGUACUUUUACUGUUGCUUCUAACACUGAGAAAGCUGUUCCAGGUCCAGGACACUAUAAUGUUUCAGAAGCACAGACAUUUUCAAGGUCACCUACAGUUUCCAGAAGUGUUGAUGUUCCUUCGAUUCCUUCUUGUGGACGAUCAUAUGGAUAUGAUAUUAAUGAGGAUGGCAGUAUUAUAAAACAUUUUCCACCUGCUAGUGACAGCACACUAGGUCCAGCAUACUAUAAACCUCAAUUUGAUUUUUCCAAUGCAACUUUGAAAUAUAAGGGGAUACAUUUUGGCAACUCUUUGGGAAGACUCCAGUUUCCUAUGAAGUCAGGGCCUGGUCCUGGGCAGUAUGAUAUAGUCCAGAAAAAGACACCUCAUUAUGAAAAUAUUAAUAUCAAGAAAGAUCAACAGCAAAAUCAUUGCUUAUAUCUCCCACGAUUUUAUGAAGUAAUAAUACAGCAGGAGGAAAAAAAGGGAGUACCGGGGCCUGGAAAAUAUGACAUUAAAAGUCAGUUUCAGAAGACUCAAAGUAUGAUACCAAGCGUAAAUGAUGCAUCACCUGCUUUUCUUUCUCAGUCCCAGAGAUUUGUACCUAUGAAAUCAAUCACCCCAGCUCCUGGCACAUAUAAUGAAUCUCGAACUGCUUUCAAUUCCUUGAAGAAAACACCAGGACUGAAAAAUACCCCAUUUGGUCAGAGUGCUCCUCGAUUCACACAGGACUCCAGGACAGAGGAAAUGCCAGGUCCUGGGUUUUAUAAUAUCCUAAACAAUACUAUGAUUGACAACAUUAGCAAUACCUACUUGAAGAAAAAAAAGAAAAGUGCAUUUGGUUCUUCUGUUCCUCGGACUCUCUUGCUGGUUCAGAAAGAAGCUUUUACUUCUCCUGGUCCUGCCGAUUAUCAGGUUGGUGGAGUUUCUGAUGAAUUACCUAACUUGACUAACCGAUAUGCUGCUAUUUUGUCAAGACCAGAAAAACCUACUAAACUGUCAGAUAUGGACAUUCCAGCACCUGGCAGCUAUGAUGUUCAAAAAUCAUAUGAGAUGUCCCAAGUUCAACAUAAAUACAUGCCACCUCGUAGUUUUGCGGCUAAGCUGAAACAUACCUCCUUUCUUAGCACAGCUCCUCGGUGCUUGGAGAAAAUGACUGAUGGGCCAGGACCUGCAGCAUACAAUCCUGUUUUAAGGAAAUCUUGCUCCAUACCCUUAUUUGUUAAGGCAUCAAAGCGUUUUAAAGAUUCCAAAGAGAUUACUCCUGGUCCAGCUACAUAUGAGCUCAGUCCAUUUUUAAGACAUUCUGUUCUGAAGAGGACAUUCAAUGUCACUCUACCAAAUCCUUCCCUGAUCAAGAGAGAAAACACUUUUACUACAGGACAAAAAGCCAAACAAAAUCGUUCAGGAAGCAAAGUAAAAUCUUCUAAAUGGUAA